CAGGUGGGGCUCCACCUGCCCUGAAUGACUGGUCGCCACUGCAUGUCACCAUAAUGCUGCACAAGAGGCGCUGCGAUUUCAUCACUCCUUCCAUAUGCAGCCUCCGGAUCAUUUUGGUUCAAGCAUAAAUUGGGUUUAGCAACAAUGCGACCGAGUGACGUUACAUCUGUCGGUACAAACUAUCUCCGGGAAGAUUAAUAACAGAUUUAAGAAACCUUUUCUAAGUUCAAGGCGUGGCUGAAUAGACUACAGAAGGCUACAUUUCCGAGGUAAGAUAUAGCCACACUUCAUCUUUAGGAAUACAUUUUUUACAUUUUAGUCAUUUAGCAGACGCUCUUAUCCAGAGCGACUUACAGUCAUGUGUGCAUACAUCGAAACCACUACCCUGGCGUUACAAGCGCCAUGCUCUACCAAUUGAGCUACAAAGGACCACAUACUGUAGAGUUGACCAUCUAAAUGGUUUAUGAUUAAAGCCACUUCCUGGUUGUACCCUCCCUACCUGCUGGCAUUUAUGCCACAUUCAAAACAACUGGGAACUCGGAAAAAUAUGAGGUCAAAUCGUGAUCUUCAGGUCGGAAAGUCGGAGCGACCGAGUUCCAGAGUAGGAAUUCCCAGAUGGAUGAUUGUUGAAAUCGAUUUUUUCCCCAGUCGGAGCCGGUUUUAUUCCGAGUUCCCAGAUGUUUUAAACGCACUGAAGUCGGAGAUUUCCGAGUUUCAAGUUCGGAGCUCCCAGUUGUUUUGAACACGGCAUUAUAUAAUAUAAUAUAAUAAUAUGCCAUUUAGCAGACGCUUUUAUUUAAAGCGACUUACAGUCAUGCGUGCAUACAUUUUUUUGUGUAUGGGUGGUCCCGGGGAUCGAACCCACUACCUUGGCGUUACAAGCGCCGUGCAUUAAACACGUGUGGGGAAAAAACACAUGUAGCCUGAGAGUAGGCCAAUUGGGUAGUUUUAUUAAGACAUUUGUUGUACAUUGAUUCAACGAUAAUGACAAUAAUAUGAGUGUUUUAUGAACAUGUUGGGUUCUGUUCUCUGAGUUGACUUAUCGACCUUUUUAUGAUGUUUCACCUCGCGGGCGCAACUCGUGCAGCGUACUCCUAUCCCUAAAAGUAGGGCUAUGUGUAUGAUAGGAGGACUAUCUGCCAAUGGAACUUGAUGAUGGAUCAAAUAUGAUAGAGCUAGUUCUGGAAUGGGGAUAGAUCUAGGGUCCUUGCAAUCUGGGACCCUUGGGACAUCCCUACCUCAUUUGAAGUUUACAUUUAAAAUAGUUAAGGGUUAGGUAAGGGUUAAGAUACAUGUAGGGGUUAAGGUUCGUUAGGGUUUAGGGUAGGGACGUCCCAAGGAUCCCGAUAGCAUUAACCAUAGUCCAAGAAUGGUGAUUACACAGUGUACAAAACAUUAGGAACACCUUCCUGAUAUUGAGUUGCACCCAGCCCUCCCACCUGGUCAGUCUUUGUCAUCGAAAGGGCAGGUGUUCCUAAUGUUUUGUAUACACAGUGCAGCUCCAUUCAUGGCAUAAUCAAGUUAAAUGUCUCCCUAUUGUUAAGUUGCCGUCAAUUCAAAUCUGGUAUAGGAACAAAAAGAGGUCAAUACACGUCUUCUAAAAUAGACUACUAUUUUAAUUAAUGUAAACACUUGAAUUGGUAAAUACACACAAAAAAAAAUAUGUAUGCACGCAUGACUGUAAGUCGCUUUGGAUAAAAGCGUCUGCUAAAUGGCAUUUUCUUUUCUUUUCUUUCUAAAUAUGAUGUUCGUAUAUACGGGCCCACUGAAAAACCACGCAGGGCAGACAGAGAACUGAGCCAUUGUUAUAAGUUCUUCUUUAAAUACUCUGACUGAGAUAGUUCCCGCUCCCGGCUGGGCCUGUCAGGAUAGAGGCUGGGCGUGGUUUAAACUUACCCAGCCUAUCGAUGGCGCACAGGCUGGUCCCAGACCCUUGGCGCUUCACUGUUGCCAGGCAUUAGUUGUUAUCUUCACAACUUGUCUCGAGUCAGCAACCCCAGACACAGUUUUCUUCUUCAUGUUGCAGUACUUUGUCCUUGAGCGGUUUAACAAAGAGGCAGUGUGUGUGUAUGUGAGUCACAAGUCUGUCUCAGCCUACCCCCUAACGGUUCCUCACAUUAAUCACAGCUUGUUAUGUUAAACAAUCUAUAUCAGUACAGCACAAACCUAUUAUGUUGAAUCAUUAAUGUAUUCUUUCUAAGCUAGGCAUCACAUCUAGUUGUAAGAAAAUAGAUCCCCACACUAUGGUGUUUGAAAGAAAAUCCUCAGACCAACAUCUGCAUUGGUAUGAAUAGAGGCUAUUCUAAUUAGUAGUGUUUUAUUAAAUGUAAAUUAUAUAAGCUAUAUUAUAGUAUUUUGAAGGCUACUUGAGUAGGCUAUUUAACUAGCCUACUUAUAGAUCAAUAUAGAUGAAGGGCACAUGGUCAGUGAGUGGAUAAAUACAUGUAUGACAAUAUUUGUCAUAAAUAUAGGCCUAAUAACAUAUUUUUGCCUCUAGUGAUGUUCAAGCUUGAUUCUGAGAAGAUGGCAAGCAGCUCCGACUGUAAGUGUGUUGAGUUUGCGACAGUAGACAAGGAGGACAUAUUUUUUCAAGGUAAGGUGGUGCUUUAAAAGGUUGACUGAACUUUGUUUUUUAUAUCCACACGUGUAAACUAUCGAUUUAAAUGUGAAUUAUGUUCAAAGUUUGUCAGACAGAGAUUUCACCCUCAGCUCCUUGUCUUUGUGUUUUCUUCAUGUUAUCUGUAUGGACUGAUUUCCUGUAAAGUCGAAAAUGAAGGUAAUAUACAUUUCUUACAAUUACUAUUAUAAGUCAUGUAGAUGUGGAUGUCUUACCUAGACCAUGUGCUAUUUAGAUCCAGCUGAAAUAAUAGAAUGUUAAAGUAACUGUCCAGUGAAAAUCUCACAUUCUGUUAACUCAUACCCAAAUAAUGUUGUUGACUCAUCCUAUACUCGUGUUUGUGGCCAAAGCAUAAAUUGGAGAAAAAACACUUAAAGAUGCUUGCUAUUUCCUCAUAGAGGAUGAUGCCAUCCCAGAUGCUGUAUAUAAUGAUGAGAUGGUCUUGUGUCCGCCCUAACAAUGGGAGUUAUCAAGGCGGGAAGGCAGUCGGUCUGCUUACUGGUCUGCUUAUCGCUGUAUUCCCACGUGGACAGAUUUUGGCGGGAGUGGAUCCUCUCGCUUAGCCUCUUCCUCUCUGAUGUCAUCCUCCUGAAAACCAGUAUACGCCCACACCAUUCUGUUGUUGGUGUACGCCCACACCAUUCCAACACGGAUAAGCUGCUUUUUAACAUACUUAAUUACUAUUAUUUGGAAGGAAAACUAUUUAACUCAUAUUGUAAUUAAUUAUAGGUCAUAUUUCAAAGAAAUCUGGAAACACUGGACAGUUACUUUAAAACAUGUACACUGAACACCUUCCUAAUAUUGAGUUGCACCCCCCCUUUUGCCCUCAGAACAGCCUCAAUUCGUCUGGGCAUGGACUCUACAAGGUGUCGAAAGCGUUCCACAGGGAUGCUGACUCCAAUGCUUCCCACAGUUGUGUUAAGUCGGCUGGAUGUCCUUUGGGUGGUGGACCAUUCUUAAUACACACGGGAAACUGUUGAGCGUGAAAAACCCAGCAGUGUUGCAGUUCUUGACACAAACCGGUGCGCCUGGCACCUACUACCAUACCCUGUUCAAAGGCACUUAAAUAUUUUGUCUUGCCCAUUCACCCUCUGAAUGGCACACAUACACAAUCCAUGUCUCAAGGCUUACCUUCUUUAACCUGUCUCCUCCUCUUCAUCUACACUGAUUUAAGUAGAUUUAACAAGUGACAUCAAUAAGGGAUCAUAGCUUUCACCUGGAUUCACCUGGUCAGUCUGUUUUGUAUACUCUGUGUAUAUCAGUCAAAUGUUUUUGUUGUUGUGUUCACACAUUCCCUCCUCUUCUGCAGAUUUAGAGUCGGAUGAUUUUAAAAAAGAGACUAAUAAAUGCUACCAAAGAAUGAUCCAAAUCAAGAACAACCGAUUCCUGGUUGUAGAUGAACAAUGUCUCAAGUUCAAAGAGCAGAAUAAGGAGCAAUGCAAAGCAGGUAAAUGUACCUAGUGAACCCAGUUUGCAGGGGUUCAACUUAUCUGUCACUGUGAAGGAUUUCUGUCAUAUGGAAUUGGCCAAACUCACAGUUUAAUACAUGUACAAAAUGAUCCUCUUUCCCUAAAAGCAUGAUGGUCAUGACUUUUUUUACAUGAAAGGGGAGGUUAACUUGGCUCCACAGACAAUCGAUCUGAGAUCGACUUAAAGGUAGACAGCGAUAUGACUUAGAUGCAGAAAGUAAACAGCAUUGUGGGGCAAUUUCCACAACAACUAAGAGCGUUGAAGUGCGAGGCUCAACUUCUCUGCUGUUUUGGUCCGGUGGCUACCACGCUGUAACAGCGUGAAGCGAACCUGUGCACGUGCGCAGAUUCUGUGUCACUGUGAGAGUGAAGUCUUGAAUCUUGCUCAUUUCAAAUCUGUGGUGUUGCUCGUGGCAACGUCAUUUUGCUGAGUCUACCUCUAAGUUUAAGUCAUGGGAUUUUUUUGGCCUUUAACCCCUGAGUCUGUGUCCAGUAAACCGGCCCUCAAAGUAUGGUACAGAGAUUAGGCUACUGAUGCACCUGCUGCAUAUCACAACCCCAUGCAUCAGGGAAGAUCAUGUGACAUCCAUAUGACAAAAACAUGCAAAAGUACUUUAAGCACAUUGCUGCAAGACAUAUUUCCCUCUGUUGAAUGCAUAUUUUGUUGUUCUCUGGUUUCUAGAAGAUUGCCGGUUCAAUAUCCAAGUAUAUAGAAACAAUGACCCCAGAGGAUGUGCUGUUACUCUCUCUGUGACAUCACAUUGUAAGAAAACUUAUCUGGUGUGCUGCAAGAAUAAUGGGAACAAAAAAGAAGUUUCUGCCAAACCACUGGUAAGCAUACAUUUUGUUGAAAUUAACAGUGCUUACAUCUACAUUACAUGUAAUGUAUGGCUUUAUUUCACAACAUUUUACAGCUGAACUUCCCACAAAGCAAUAGACACACUCUGAACAGUCCCUUUAGCCUUAGUUUGGGUUGACAACUGGGUCAGGUUCAGCAGUUGUUCAAGAAAAACAGAAAUCGGUGUUCUCCUUAUGAGACAAGAUCAGGAAGUACAUCCCCAUUUCAGUUUCUCCCUACUGAACAUGACCCAGGUGUGAUUAUUACCUUCUUACCAGCUGUUUGCACAAACACACUUCACACUGACAAGACAAAGGUAACCAACCCCUCCCCUAUUUUCCCCCAGGAGCAACCUUUGCCUGACCAAAUUCUCUGCUCACAACAUGAGGCUGUGUUCUUCAUGGAAGUAAUUCCUGGUACAUCUAUGUACAGAUUUAAGUCAUCGCUGUGGAGUGGGUGGUACUUGAGCUUUGAGGCUGGAUCAGAUGAAGAGCCCAUGAAGUUAAUCCUCAGGGAGGUGCUUGAAGAUGUUGUGGAUGAGAGGUGUUGUAUGGCCUUACAAAAUCCUGAGAAUAUGACAUAGAGUUUUAUGGUGCUUUUGUUAAUGACUGAGGAAAAUGUUAAUGAAUAAUCCACUUGCUCAAAACCUGACACUUUUUCUAAGUUUGUAGUCUACCAUCCUGUAUCUGAUCAUCAUUGUAUAUGCUCUAUAUUAAACUGAUUUUUUAUCCGUAAUCUUGUCGCAAACAAUCCAUAAUAUCCACUUUAUUCUUCCCAAAGCUAAUUUGCGGGUAACAAUCUGACCGAACGGAUUGGUGAUGUAUUAAUCGACGAGACCUAAUAAACAGACAAAACACAGUUGAAUUUCCAAAGCCAUUUAAGCUUUUAGACAUUUAUAUACGAGUAAUAUGAGGACAAAGACCUAUACCUUUCUUAGAUUUAACACGGACAACUCCUACUUGUUUCUGCCGACACUCCCAACAGUACAAAAAUAAAGCUCUGCCAUUUUGACCAAGUGCGUGCACCCUCUGUGUUGACUUGACUUCAUAUGAUGCCAGCUGUACUUGUUGAUGCUUAGAAGCUGUUCAUACAUACACUUGAUCAGAUAAAUGGAAAGUUAAAUUCCUGCCAACAAAAUAAUCCAGUGUACAAUGUUAAAUACUCAAGCAAGAGUAUGAUGCCAGGCACAGCUAAGAAAGUAAAUAUGCACAUUAUUCCAAACCAGGAUAUUGUCAUAGGAUAUUAUUGACUGAUAACUUACACAGGACUGGUACAGGAGGAAGCGCAAUGGUGUACAGAUCAGAAUGGCUACUCUUCUACAUGCUCAACCUGGGAUGUGCUCAGUGAGGUGAAAUGUUCAGAACGUUGCAGUUAGACAUUUAAUGAAUAGAGCUGCGGUGAAGCCGUUUCCACAUGACAAAUCAUAUCAGUUCUACAAAAUGCAUAUCUAUCUGAACGUUCUAUAACGUCGCACACCUUCUGAACAGACCACUGAAUUCAAGAACAGUAUGGCUAUGGGGUUUGAAUACUGCCAGUAUAAACCCAAAUACACCCAUUUGCUCUUGUCAAUCAAACCAGACCAGCAAGUUCAAACAGACUAAAUGUGUGGCACUAAGCUGACUGCAAUGGUCUUGAAGGGCACUAGCUGGUAUUUAGACUGGUGACGGACACGAAACAUACCACAAUCAUCCCACAAAUAAGAAUGCAAUGUCUACAUAAUAAAUUCAGUUAGUCCAGAAGAGAUGAGAAGUAAUUUGCCAUACUGGAUCUGAAAUUCAGGUAAAAUAUAUGUAAAUCACUGUCGAUACUUCCUCAGAUAAUAAGCAUUACACAAGUGUUUGGAUUAUUAGCAGUUUGUUAACAUAAAUCAACAGAUCAUUAACAUGCCAACACAAACCUCCAGAACGUGCAAAAAAAAAGUACAUUUCUUUCCCCAUCCCCCAAAAAGCCAAACUCAAUAUGAAUUACAACACUUGUGAAUCACAGUAAUAUUGUGAAAUUAUAUAUUUAUAGAAAUGUACAUAUAAUCCCUUGAAUGUUUACAAUCAUACCAGAACAAGAUGGCUGAUGUCCCAGUGCCCACGCCACCCAUCCCAAACCUCAAUCCAUUCAUUUGCUCCAUAAGAGGGCCACCGCUUUGCAAAUGCCUACAUCGUUGUAGUUGAAGUAGCAGAGACCGGCAAAGGUGACAGUCGACAACAGGAAGAGGCCUGCGUUGGCCAUCUUGAUCUUCGGUUCUCCGUGGACGUAGUCCGUUAAGACUUGUCCAAUCCCCCUG